UGGACACCUGAGGGCAGAAGGCUCUGAGGGGGUACAGCCGCGCGGGGGUCCUUCGCAGAGGACCCGUAGGGAUUCUGGAAGAGGAGGUGUGGGGCCGUGCCGAGGGGGCGGCCGCCAGAGCAUGCGCACGGGCUCUGCAGCGGGCGGGCGCGGAGUUGGGGCGCGGGGACGCGGGGCGGCGCGAAGCGGGGCCCUCUGUCGCCCCGCGCUCUCAUGUACGCCUUCUACUCGCUGCUCAUCUACAUCUUCUACAGCCUCUUUCGCAGGGAUGGCGGGGCCGCGGCGGCCGCCGACCCUGGGAACCCCGCCCAGGUGAGCGGGGGCGGGCGCAGCUCGGCCGACGACCCCCUUCCGGAGAACGGUUUUGCAGGCCGGCGCUGCAGUGCCCGCUGCAAGCCCGGGGGUCGCCGCCGCCCCGACCAGCCCACCGCAGAGCUGUGGACCGAGCUGACCGGCCUGGUCGGCUGCUCGGAGUCCGAGGAUGGGCCGGGAGGGGCAGCGGAGGGCUGUCCGGCCGAGGUCUCACUGGAAGAGGCUCUCGUGCGUCUUGCGGAGUUCCUCUCAGUCCAGCUGGGGGCGGAAGAGAGCUUCGGGAAUUCUGCCGACCUGAGCAAGCCUGGUGAUGUUCCCCCACUGUUGACGGUGACCGGUCAGCUCUUGGCCCUCCUGGCAUGGAUUCGGAGCCCCAGGGGGAGGCAGGUCCUGCCCCAGGCGACGCAGCCAGCCUCAGGGGUGCAGCCCCCCACUCCUGCUGGAACCCCAUCCCAAGAAGAAAGCCCUUCCGUUUCACCAAGGGGUGAGGCCCAGGGGCAGCAGCCUCCUCAGUUAGAGGAGGACCAGAGGGCUUGGCAGCGGCUGGAACAGCUCAUCCUUGGACAGCUGGAAGAGCUGAAGCAGCAGCUGGAACUGCAGGAGAAGGAGCUGGGCCAGCUGCGUGUGGGAGUGGGGGCGACAGACUCGGAAAAAAGGGUUCAGCAUCUGACUCUGGAAAACAAGGCCCUGAAACAGAGCCUGAGCCUUACUCGGGAUCUCCUGCUGCACUGGGGCCCCGCCCCCCCCAACAGAGCCUCCCAGGAGCAGGAGGAGGCAGAGGCACUGCUGGAGCUCCGGGGCCGGCUUCAAGACGCCCAGGACACCACGGAAGCUCUCCGAGUCCAGCUAGGGGUGCAGGAGGCGCAGCUGCAGGGCCUUCGGGGGGCCCUCCGGCAGCUCCAGCAGGAGGCGGAGCAGAACUGCAGGAGGGAGCUGCGGCAGAUGCGCGCGCAGCUGGCAGGACUCCGUGUUCGCAUGGCCAGCUUGCGUCAGGGCUGUGGGGACCUCCGAGGACUGGUCAGCACCUUUUCCCAGAGCUGCCAGGGUUCGCUGAGCGAAGCCCGGGGCCAGGUAUCGUGGGCCCUGGGGGCACUGUCAGCGGGUGGGGCUGGGACUCAGCUCCUGGAGGCACAGCAGGAGCCCCCAACUGGAUGCCCAGGGCGGCUGCUGGAGCUCAAGGGAAACAUCCGUGUGCUCUGUCGGCUGAGGCCAGGGACACCCUCCAGCUUGGUGAGCUUAGAGCCCGGCCCGGGUGGCACUGUCACCACCUGCUAUCGAGGGCACCAGCGUCGCUUCCGCCUGGACUGGGUCUUCCCUCCACACGCCAGCCAGGAGGAGGUCUUCAGGGAGCUGGAGUCGGCUGUGCUGUCCUGCCUCGGAGGCUACAGUGUCUGCAUUUUCACCUACGGUCAGACAGGGACGGGAAAGACCUACAGCAUGGAGGGCCCGCCUGAGGACCCUGGCAUAGCUCCUAGGGCGCUGCAGUCACUGUUCCGGGAGAUGGGAACAGGGGGACAGCACCACGUGACCCUCAGCAUGGUGGAGAUCUACAACGAGGCUGUAAGGGACCUCCUAGCCCCAGGGCCUCCCCAGCGCCUGGCAGUGAGGCAGGGCCCAGCAGGCGAGGGGGGGAUCCAGGUGUCUGGCCUCACCCACUGGGACGUGCCCAAUCUGGAGUCGUUGCACCAGAUGCUGAACCUGGGGAGGAGCAACCGGGCCACCGCCGCCACAGCCAUGAACCAGCACAGCUCUCGUUCGCACGCGCUGGUCACGCUGACGCUGCGCACGGCGUCCCCAUCAAGCGGUCCCGGCACCGCAGGCACGCUGCACCUAGUGGACCUGGCAGGGUCCGAGCGCGCUUGGAAGGCAGGGGCGGCCGGCACGUCGCAUGAAGACCGGGACGGCGCUCAGCGUCUGCGGGAGGCUCGGACCAUCAACCGCUCGCUGCUGGCGCUGGGAGGAGUGAUGGCCGCGCUGCGGGCCCGCCGGCCACACGUGCCCUUCCGCGACUCGCAGCUCACGCGCCUGCUACAGCCCGCACUGGGCCCCGGUGCCACCGCUGUGCUGCUGCUGCAGGUCUCCACGCGGCCCGAGGAUCUCGGCGAGACCGUGUGCUCGCUCAAGUUCGCUGAGCGAGUGGGGCGAGUGGAGCUGGGGCCUGCUAGGCCCCGCAGGGCCCCGCGCUCCGGCACGCCCUCCUCCCUGAGCACCGACACACCACUCUCUGGGACCCCCUGCACCGCCACGCCCUCGCCCGGCAGCCCUCCAAGCCCCGGCCUGGACAGCGGCUCCAGCUCGGCCCUGGCACCGCCGGAGGACCUGCCUUCGUAGUCCUACCCAAGGAGUCUGGGUCGCGUCUCUGCCGGCAGAGGCAGCAAAGUCCCUAUUCCCCCCACGACCUCCUUGAUCUCUGGGGGCCUGCUGCCCCCCAGACUCCCAGAGUCCACCCCUUUCUCUCCCGCCCCCAGGAGUGCUCCGCCUGGGGUAAUGAUCACCCCCCCCACCCCCCACCCCCCCCCUGCCCCGGCCCUUAGCCCUUUGCUUAUCACCAUCUGCUGUUAUCGAGCGGCGCACAGCAGGGGAUCCCAGAGCCGCGGAGGCAGACCCUGGCCAAGUGGCCACCAGACUCACUACCCCAUCACCAAACAUCAGACUUGCAUUAAAAUGUCGUUUGUUCCUUUA